AUGACACGCAAGAACGCCACACUCUCCAAACGCCGCUCCAAACCGAGCUUGAAAGUAGCAACCGGUCAGAACGGCCAUGCGAACGGCAAGAUGAACACCAACAUCGAAAUGCGCAAGCGCGACACUCCCUCCACCGAAUCCUCAAGCGAACGAACCGCUCGGGCCAUCGCCAGCCCCAGCUUCUCUCUCGAUAAUGAACCCGUUAUCCCUGUCCCUCAAACCCCCGUCAUGACCACCACCAGCUUCCACAAUUUGCCUCCGAGCGAUAAGCGGAACUUCCUCUUGCUCUGCGUCCUAUACUUCCUGCAGGGUGUGCCCAUGGGCCUGGCCACCGGCUCCGUGCCUUUUUUGCUGAAACCAUACCUUUCCUACGGCCAGAUUGGCGUCUUCUCUCUCGCCUCAUACCCUUACUCCCUGAAGCUCUUCUGGAGCCCCAUCGUCGAUGCUGUCUGGAGUCCGACAUUUGGCCGACGUAAGAGCUGGAUUACUCCCGUCCAAGUGAUUGCCGGUCUCGCAAUGAUCUACUUGGGCCGCCAUAUUGGAAGCAUGAUGGACGAGGCCGGCGCCAAUGGUGGCGCGGGAGUGUGGAAUUUCACCUACUGGUGGUUUAUGCUUGUCUUCUUCUGUGCUACUCAAGACAUUGCUGUAGACGGGUGGGCUAUCACUUUGAUGUCUCCGCCGAACAUCUCCUACGCCUCGACCGCGCAGACGGUUGGUCUCACAGCCGGCCAUUUCCUGUCCUACACCGUUUUCUUGGCCUUCAACUCGAAGGACUUUGCCAAUCGGUGGUUCCGAGCUGUUCCUUCCGACGAAGGACUGCUCUCUUUGGGCGGAUACUUGACCUUCUGGGGCUGGUGCUAUCUGAUCGUGACCCUGUGUCUGGCUCUGCUCAAGAAGGAAGACCGUACCAAGGAGCGUGACAGCAUCACCGACGUGUAUAAGAGCAUGUGGAGUGUGCUGAAGCUUAAGAACAUUCAGACCAUAAUCAUCAUCCACCUCAUUGCCAAGAUCGGCUUCCAGGCCAAUGACGGCGUAACCAGCCUCAAAUUGCUCGACAAGGGCUUUGGCCAGGACAACAUGGCAUUGGUCGUGUUGAUUGACUUCCCCUUUGAAAUUAUGCUUGGUUACUACGCCGGCAAAUGGUCCACCGAGUACGGUGCCAUGCGACUCUGGGGAUGGGCCUUUGUCGGCCGACUGGCUGCGGCCGUCAUCGCCCAAUUCACCGUGAUGAUCUAUCCCAGUGGCCCGGACGUUCCUUUCUGGUACCUCAUGACCGUCAUCUUCGAGCAUGUGAUCUCGACCUUCAUGAACACGGUCAUGUUCGUGGCCAUCUCGGCCUUCCACGCUCGCAUUGCAGACCCCGCGAUUGGCGGAACCUACAUGACGCUCCUCGCAACCGUCUCCAAUCUGGGUGCACUCCCCCCACCCGCCGACAAGCUAAAAGACGCCCUCGUCACAUCUCCUUUCUCCUGCGCUCUGGAGCCGGAGAAGAACCGCUGUGUCAACGGCGGUGGUACCUGCGAAGUCGGCCGUGAUGGCUAUUACAUCACCAAUAUUUUGUGUGUGCUGAUCGGCAUCGUCACCUUCGUGAUGUUCAUCAAGCCGGCCGCCACCAAGCUCCAGAACCUGCCUCUCCGGGCGUGGCGGCUGAUGCCUGGUACGCGGGAGUAG